CAUGGGCAAGUUCUUCGACGAGAUCCCCGACUUCCUCUUUCCAUGGAUCGAACAGCAGAAGAUGUUCUGGGUCGCCACUGCCCCGCUUUCGCCCUCCGGGCACGUCAAUGUCUCACCCAAGGGAUUCGACGGCACAUUUCGGAUAGUGAACAAGAGCAAGGUGUGGUAUGAGGAUCUUACGGGGAGCGGCAUUGAGACGACCGCCCAUCUGCGAGAGAAUGGGAGGCUGACGAUCAUGUUCUGCGCAUUCGAGGGCCCGCCGAGGAUUGUCAGACUUUUCGGAACAGGAACUGUCUACGAGUAUGGGACUCCAGAGUACAACGAGUUCCUCCCCGCUGAGAAGCGACAACCAGGUUCUCGCUCGGUCAUCAUGCUGGAUGUACAUAAGGUUGGAACGUCGUGCGGUUACUCCAUUCCCUUCUACACGUUCAAGUCGAACCGGAUGCGGCUUCAUAUAGGAAUGGCGAAGAGGGAGCUCGAGGACAUUCGAACUGAGUCGACGACCACGUCUGCCAACGGGAACGGGGUUCCGACAAGCUCCUCACUUGGAUCGGACAAGGGCCUCAAGUUCUACUGGGAGGCAGCCAAUCAGAAGAGCAUUGACGGUCUUCCAGGAUUGCUGACCUCGUUCACCGCAAGGGCUGGAUUCGACGAAGGUGUCGCGUCGAGGGAUUGGGGACAAGAUGACGAGUCCCUUAUCUCGUCGGGAAAGCAGUCAUUUUCCCUGGUGCAUUACGUUGAUGUGCGAGUGGUAGCUGGAUUUGUGCUAGGAUUUGUCGCAUCUGGCUUAUGGGGCAACGUUGUUCGGGUUCUGAGGACGCAGCUUGCUCACAACUA